AUGGCUCCCCCGGAGAGCUUCGCCAAUUAUCCUGAUGUCCUGGAAGGGCCGGAUACGGGAUACAAUCAGAGGAUAGAUCACAACCCGAUCUUACGGGGCUUACCUCUCGUUGUGGGUUCUGGAAUUAUAUGCAACGUCGGUGUUGUGGCAAGGUUCUUUUACGGGAACGCGGGAUUCACCAAGAUCAAAGACAUGCCGGCCCUGGACGAUGUCUCGCCUACUUUUCAUCCUACCGUCACACCGUUGGGCCAGACAGGGCCCAUGAUUGAAUUCGAGCCGGAGCUGCUCACCUCCCAGCACUCUUCAUCCAAGGCGCGAUACUACUCCGCCGGCGACUACCACGAGCUGUACAAGAGCGGCAGCGCCACUCCGUUGCAGGUCAUUGAGACGCUGCUCGGCCUGACCACCGGCACGAGUAAGUACAGUGACGCCUGGGUGGACGCUCACGGCGCCGAGAAGCUCGCUGUCGAAGCGGCCAAGGCGUCGACGGAGCGGUGGGCUGCGGGAAACCCGCUGGGUAUCUUGGAUGGCGUGCCGAUUGGAGUCAAGGAUGAUACGGAGGUGAAGGGCUACGUCAGCCAUUUCGGCAUGAAGUACAAUGCUUCGCUGCCGUUCUUUGCGCCGCAGGAGGAGACGGUGUGGCCGGUGAAGAAGCUGCAGGAGGCGGGUGCCAUUGUGCUGGGCAAGAAUAAGAUGCAUGAGCUUGGAUCAGAUACUAGCGGUGUCAAUGUCGCCCAAGGAACUCCCACCAACCACUUCAACAAGACCUACUAUCCCGGAGGCUCAUCCAACGGAGGCGGCUCGUCCACGGGCGCCGGCGUCGUCCCCAUCGCCGUCGGCACGGACGCCGGCGGCAGCGUCCGCAUCCCGGCCAACUUCAACGGCGUCUACGGCCUCAAGCCCACCCACCACCGCACCCACGUCAUGCAGAUGACCAUGUGCGUCACGGGCCCUAUCGCCGCAAACGUCGCCGACCUGACCAUUGCCUACCGCGUCAUGUCCCAGCCCGACGCCUCCUGCCCGACGCAGGGCCGCUUCGCCCUCUCCUUGCCGCCCGCGCCGUCUGCAAAGCGUGUCAUGGGCGUCUUCCGAGACUGGUUCAACAAGGCCGACCCCCCCGUGAGAGAAUUGUGCGACAAGGCGCUUGAUCACUUCGCCUCCAAGCGCGGGUACGAAAUCGUCGACAUCAGUCUCCCCUUUCUCCCCGAGUUCCAGGUCGCCCACGCCCAGCUCUGCCUCGCCGAGAUGGCGGAAAAGAACCGCCGCCGGACCCCCAACCCGGCGCACCACCAGUCCCUCGCCGGCCCGGCAAACAGACUCCUCCUUACCAUGGGCGCUCUGGUGUCCGGCGCCGACUAUCUCAAGAUAAACGCCUUUCGCACCGUCUUGAUGAACCACCUCGCUUUUCUAUUCCAAAAGUACCCGGGUCUGAUGAUCAUGACGCCCACGUCGCCCCUGAUUGGAUGGCCGCGGUCGCCCAGUGAUGACUCCUACGGCAUGAGUGACACCAACAUCACCAUGCGAAACAUGUCGUACGUAUUCCUGGCCAACAUGACGGGCACCCCGUCCAUCACGGCGCCGGUAGGCUUGCUCGCUACGGGUGAGUGGGGGAGCGAAGAGCAGCUGUUGGCGUGGGCGAGGGAGGCUGAGGAGUAUCUGCACGAGACGUAUCCUGAGGGACGUAGACGGCCUGAUACAUGGGUGGAUGUCAUGGCGUUGGCUCGAGGUCAGAAGUAG